AUGGGUGUUUCAGAUAUACAGUCUGAUUCAAAAGCUGGACUUGUGGUGGAUCUUUCAGCCCAGAGUCUACAGAAGCUGGAUCCCAGUUUCACAUGCUCAGAGGAUACUCACACUCUCAUUCUUGACCGCAAUCAAAUCAUGAAGCUGGAUUACAUGGAAAGAAAUCCAGGCCUUCAGCAGCUGUCUGUGGCCAGUAACCGCUUGGUGAGAAUGAUGGGGGUGUCUCGGUUAACUGAGCUCAGAGUUCUGAACCUUCCCAACAACAGUAUUGGUUAUAUUGAAGGUCUAAGAGAUAUGCCAUAUUUGAAAUGGCUAAAUCUGUCAGGAAAUAAUAUCAAGGUUAUUGAGCAACUUAACAACUGUGUUUCACUUCAACAUUUGGACCUCUCUGACAAUAACCUCUCAGUUAUUGGAGAUUUGACAAAGCUUGUUGAACUGAAGACGCUGUUACUCCAUGGAAACAGCAUUACAACACUCCGUACAGUUCCUGCACACCUUCCUGUUCAUUUAUCUAUUCUCUCACUUGCAGAAAAUGAAAUCAGAGAUCUGAAUGAGGUGUCAUAUCUAGCGCCUCUUCAAGACCUAGAGCAGCUUUCUAUAAUGAGUAACCCCUGUGUUAUGGCCACUCCAUCGUUGCCAGGGUUCGACUAUAGGCCAUACAUUACAAGCUGGUGCCUGAACCUUAAAGUUCUCGAUGGCUAUGUAGUGUCCCAGAAGGAAGGAUUGAAAGCAGAAUGGCUGUACAGUCAAGGCAAAGGGCGUUCCUUUCGCCCAGGACAACACGUUCAGCUGGUUCAGUAUUUGGCCACUGUGUGUCCUCUGACCGCGUCGCCGGCUUUGGAGACCGCAGAAGAUGCAAAGCUGGAGAAGAUUUUGAGGAAGCAAAGGAUGCACCAAAAGCAGCUUUUGGAGGAAAGUGCUGUAGGUUGUCCCAGUCCCCCUCGUCCCACACAGCUGGAUGUAGAGAGGCACAGUGCGGCGCAUGCAACACAAGAGGGACCCAGAGAUCUGCACACAACUCCCACUGUGAAGUCAUGUCAAGAGACCAAGCCAGUUGUCCAGAUAAAUUCCUGGGUGAGCGGCGAUGUAGCCAACACGUCCGUAUGUGUGAACCGCAGCCCAAGACUCGAUGAGCCGAUCUAUUUAGAGGACAUGCAGACGGAUGAGGACAAACUUGACAGUAGCAUGCUGUCAUCUGAGUCCACCUUUAUCCCAUUCAAAUCUGAACUCGAACAUCUCACUGAUCCCACUGACAGCGAGGACGAAACGGAGACAUUUGAACCUGAUUCUCUGGCGCCAAAGAUCUCUGCUCCCAAAAGACGCAGAGCAAAGAAAGAGCCUCAUUCUCCUUUGACUGGACAGCAAGAGACUCAUAUAAAUAUCAAUGUUACGAGCUGUGGUUUGCCAGAAAUUGAGGCAAAACCUGAUGAAUGUCUAAAAAUGGAUGAUCAUAGAGAAAAUAACAAACACUGCUCGACUUCAGAAGAGGCUGACAAGGCUGCUAUUAGAAUACAGUCGUGGUGGAGGGGGCAUUACACACGCUUUGCAAAUCCCAAAGCUAAAGAAGUGCGAAGUGAAAUUCGAAUGAGGCGGAUGCAAGACCACAUCCUCUUUUUGUCAGAGAAAUUAGAUCGAGUGCAACAACAGUAUAAAGAUGAACGAUUACAACGGAUGGUACAAGAAGAGACCGUGAAGUUUUUGUGGAAAGAGCUCCAGUCCUUGCAGGAGUGGAAACAGUCUGUGGACCAUCAAAUUGCAAACAUCUGUCAGAUAAACCAGAGCCCACUGUUGAAACCAUGUGAAGCUGCUGCACCUGCUGUCGCCUCAUGCAGUAAACUCCCUCCCUGCACCGAUGUGUCCUUCCCCGACUCGGGCUUUCAGUCAACCAGCGCACCACUGACGGCCUCAGAGGACAGCUUCAUGAGCAGUGGUACCACAGACUCUCCGAAGACUGUGAGAGCGCUGAGUCCUGCUGUAGCGAGUGCAAAUGCAGAAGGAGACAGCCCAGAGUGCAGCCUUUUGGAGCAGUACUUAUCGUCAGUUCAGCAGAGAGAAGAAGAAGCAGAAGAGGAGUUUAGUGAGAGAUCUGAAACGCCUAAACACUCUUCUCCACUGUCUCACACUUCAAGAGGAGCUGAGACAUCGGAGGAGACAGAGACUGCAUGCACUCCAGAGCGUCUUCGAGAAUAG